GAUGCGCCAAGUGGGCCUAAAAUCGACCGAAAAGCUGCGGCCCAACUAAUAUUUGCUCGCUCGCUCGCUCGCUUUAGGACUUCAGAAGCCACCAGCCCAGCCCAUACCGACCUCUCUCUCUCCCUUUCCCCACCGGUUCGUUCCUCUCCCCUGCCGGCCGACGAACCCACGGCACCGCGGCGAUGUCGUUGCCGGCAGCGACCGCGCCGUCCUCCUCGGGCGCGACGCAGCCCCAGCCCCAACCCAAGGAGCAGCAGGGAGGCUCGAGGGAGCGGCGGAUGGAGUCGCUGGGGUGGCUGACGGAGUCGGCGGUGAUGCCGAAGAAGCACAAGGCCAUCGAGGGCGUCGGUGCCGCCUCCAUCCUCGACCUCAAGGCCCAGCUCUACCGCACCCAGGAGGAGGCCCGGAACCCCACCGCUCCCGGCGCCGUCACGGCCGCUGCUUCUGGUGGGGAGUUUCGCCGCGCAAAGAUACGCUCCGGACCCGCCGACCCCCUCGGGGCCAAGAACUCCGGCGUUGAAGCCCGGGCCUACAAAGAUAAGCUGGAGCUUAAAGCUGUGAAAGAUGGUUCUGCAAGCUAUGCUGCUCUAGAAAAGAAAGCAGAGUUGUAUGAAAAAUUAUCCAGAGGCGAGCUACCUGAUGAAGAAGACAAAGAGAAAUACUGUGUGGAUUUCUUCCAAAAAAGUUUCGAUCGUGUUUAUGAUCCUCAGAUGCCAGAGAGUAGCCACAGAGCCACUGAUGCAGAGCCAGUAAAUGAUCAUGAAGAUUCUAUGCCUAAUGCGAAACCAUUGGGCCUUGGCCGAGCAGGCACUACAAUCGACAGAGAUGAGCACAAGCGCUUUGUGAGGGAAGUUCAUGAGGAAGUAACUGAGGCAAGGCAGAAGGCCUCAACAGUAAGAUCUCGACGACAAGAGCAGGAUGCUGCUCGUAGAGAGAAACUCAGGCAAGCUUACCUGAAGAAACGGUUGGAGAAGUUGAUUGCUGAAAAACAGGCCUCUUCAGCCAGUGAUGACCUGCCCAGCUAGAGGUUGUAUAUGUCCUUGUAUGUUCUUCCCAAGUAGCAGGCUAGCAGCUGUAAUAGUCCCUGGUUUCAUUUCAUGCAAUCAUGGUACGGUUACUGCAAGUGUGUUUUGAUCCAGUACAGUCAAAUUCAGGAAAUAGCGUUUGCAAGUACAGUUGCUGUUGGAGAAUAUUGUUGUACACAAAUCUAGGCAAUGGCAUCAUGAUUUUCCGAGACAUUCUCUAGACCAUCAAUCCAUUUUUUUCA